UGAAAAGAUACCAUUACCAGCAGUGAAGUGCUUCCCGUUGAUCCAGGAAAAAAAAUGUUUUCUCAAAUAUUCCGAUCGGCUAUAAAAUUAGCUCCUAACGCCCGGGCAAAUUCAAAUAUUGCAACAGCUAGCUCCGCCAAGCUGCAAGAACUGGCACUGGAAGAAAAAUGUAUCCUGGUUGAUGAACACGAUCGAGCUUUAGGAAGUGCUUCGAAGCGAGACUGCCAUCGCGUGGAUCCCGAGGGCAACAUUCCAUUGCACCGAGCGUUUAGUGUGUUUCUCUUCAACAAUGCCGGUGAUAUGCUGCUGCAGCGUAGAUCCAUCCACAAGAUUACUUUUCCCGAUUGUUACACCAACGCAUGCUGCAGUCAUCCGCUGUAUGAGUUUGAAGGUGAACGGGAAGAGCUAAAUGCCCUUGGCAUUCGGCGUGCUGCCCAGCGUAGAUUGAACUUCGAACUCGGCAUCCCAAUGGCACAGGUGCGACCGGAAAAUUUUCAUUACCUCACCCGCAUUCACUAUGCAGAUCGUGGUGAUGGAACCUGGGGUGAACACGAAAUCGACUACAUUCUGUUCCUGCAGAAAGACGUCGAUCUCAAGCCAAACGAUUCCGAAGUCAGCGAGGUUCGAUACAUUUCCCGGAAGGAACUAACUGAGACGAUCAGUACUCUUGAUGCACCUUUGACGCCCUGGUUCCGACUAAUUCUACAACACCGGCUGCGAGUUUGGUGGGAUAAUUUACAUCGAAUCCAAAAAUAUGAAAACAAAAAAAUCGAACGAUUCUAGAUGGCACAACGAUACCAAAUGGAGCAUUAUCAUGCUAACCGACCGUCAUACGGUUUUCAAAAGUUAACCCUAUAAAAAAUAUAGUAAAUGUUGUUCGGUUUAAGGGAUAUUUAUGGUGAACAGGAACUUUAUACAGAAAGUUUGUAACGUAAUA